AUGGCUUCAAAAGCACACCUUUCCGGUACUGACGGCCAUGGUUUCUGUGGCAAACCUUCCCUGUAUGGAGAGCUCAGAGAUGCUAUUUGUGUCCUAGCGUCACUUACUCCGACUGCCCCGAGCGACAGCACAGGCGUUGAGGGAUUCGAGGAAGGUUUCAAUAUCUCAGAACGUGACACUACAGACAUCGACAUCGGCGAACCGGAUGGGCAGUUUGCAGCGAACAGCGAUGAGGAACGACUCCAGAAGUUAAAGGAUGAACUGGUCGAUCGACUGUCGGAGAUGCUGGCCAGGUUCAAGUCGCCGCGAAAGACGGCAUUAAAAGACGCCAAAAACGUUUCUAGCGUCAUCUUGCUUGAAGCCGCAGAUCAGAGCAGUGUCACAUUCAUCUGCGCAAGGAACGAAGGUCUGGACAAGCAAGAUAAACGUGUCUUCCUGCCUGAAUGGAAGCAGCUGAUGGAGGAGAUGGCCUGUUCAGAUGAUAUCAACAGCAAAGCCUGCUCCAUUAAGAUGUUACGACUGGUACUUGACCAACAGAGGCAGCGCAUUGAAUACUACAUCGACCAAAUGAGGCUUGCUUUGAAGUCGGCCCAUGUUGGAGAGUCUGAUGGCGAAAAUGGGGAGCACCACAAUGAAAGCGCAGACGACCGAGCAGCAUCGCUUCUGGGCCGGUUUCUUGAGUCUGAAAAGACGACAAAAGGUAUCCUUCCACACUGGACCGAUAACCAUGGCUUGCGAUACAGAUUCCAUGGGAAGGACCAUGAGGAAAUUCGGGCUCGUACAGCUGCCGACUCGGCAUGGUCGAAUGCCAAAAAUCUUGCAGUCGAACUCGACCAGAUCGUCCCUCUAGCUUCUCAGAUCUGCAGCCAGGCACCGCUUUGUGAUACCGAUAAAGCUACCGCCCUGGAGCGACUGAUGCGCGCCGUGUUUAGUCUCUGGAAGACGAGUCAUGGUCGAGUCGUUCUGGAAUCUCACAUAACGUACCACUUCAAGCAGAGAAAGCCCCAGGCAAAGAAGUUCCACAUGUCACUUCUCUACCUUGCUCGAAUUUUAUAUGGCGUCGAAGUGUUCUCUAAUGCGGCCCGCCAGCUAAAAGGUAUUCAAGCUAUCAGUAUUAUGUGUAUGCCAUAUCACGAGUCCGGAGAGCGAGAGCCAAAGCGGAAUGAAACUCGGAUGGAGAUUUCGUCGGCUCUAGGUAUUUCUCUGCCCAGAAUCCCUGACGACAUUGGCAGGAGGAUCGAGAAGCACCUGCCAGCCAUCCGCGCCGAGGCCAAAGCUAGCAGGCACAUACAUGCCGAGCUGCAGGUAUUAUACCAUCUCGACGUUCUCUUCCCUACUGUAGAUUCAAGGCACAAAGCACAUCCAUACAUCGGAUGUAGCAGGCGCUGCUGCUUUCUUUGCGGCGCCUUCAUCCAGGCCACAUUCCCCAACAUGAGAACACGGGGUACCCAUAAUGCCGUGAUUCAUCGGUGGGAGCCUCAGCAGUGGUUUACUACGGAGGAGCAGAGGGAUAAGUUCGAAAACGGAGUGAGGAGCUUAGUAGAGCGCAUCCGAAGUGUCUUAAAGGAAUUAUUCUCGACAGCCCACCGACGCGGCGAGGAGCACAUGGCGCAGUCAUCUCACGGUCUUCCCUCUGUCGCAACGAUUCUCAAGAAUGAGAUUGAGAAAAUGGUACCUUCUCGCCUCCAGACCCUACGCAUGAUGACUUUUCAGCACAGCGCGGUGGACGACGAAAUUUUCAUCCAUGCAAUCCCGGACAAACCGGGCUAUGCUGACGUAACAAACCGGAGGUGGAAAGACGGAACGAGAGAGAUGAAGCUGGGAGAGGCUGAAAAGCUUCGCAUUGAUCAGCUAAGGCAAGUUCACGGCCUUGAGAAGCUUGACCAAAUGCCCCCAGAGGAGCUUCACAGACCGAAGACAUGUCGACACUGUGGUUAUCGGCCAGCAUUGUUCUACUGCUCAGCUUGUCACACGAGGUACUGCGGAGAGCUUUGCCAGAAGCAGAAUUGGCACGCUCAUGUUUUCGUGUGUCGUGUCGACAGCCGGCCGAACCAGGUCGAUUACCUCAGGCUGUUCCUACGCAGAUGGGCCCCAAAAGCAACAAUCGUUGUGAGCCGGGCCACUGUACAAGAACUCCUGGCUGAUGACGAGCUGUGCUUCACGUUCGGGUUCAACGCUUGCCUACUUGAAUCAGAAGUGCGAAAGUUGAUGACCAUAUUUCGGCAUGCUGUCCGGCAUUUCAGGCUCCGUGAGCUCCAGGAAUGGACGAGUGAGAAGAGACUCCAUCAACAAUUGCGCCACCAUCUAUCGCGAUCCUCUGGUGCCAUACAUGAGCCAGUACAGAAGGUUUUAGAGUGGUACCUGGAGCCGGGGAUCGACACCCGGAUAGACGAGGCAUGUAUUCAUCCAGUAUACCAACACCACCUGUUCGCAGUGGACUUUACUCGCCAGCUACUUGGUCCCUUGAAGGACCUGGUGCCCUUGUCAAGACGUUCGGAAAGUGCUCGUCGGGUCUUAUCUUUGUAUACAAAGCUUCUACAGCCGAUGAACAACGUCCCGGGCCCUCUCGACGAGGAGUGGCUCGAGUAUGGGUUUUGUCAAUGUCGAACCGAGGACCAGCGCCAGAAGUUGCGCCGUGCCUAUCACGUGCUGCUAAACACCACGUCCCUCGAAGAAAUAAUUGACACCGUCGAAUCUACAGGAAACCUAGCAAGUCUGAUACGACGCGACAUCAACGCUGGUAUCUCACCCCUUGCCGGUGAACACACAGCCCUUUCAUUUCCGAGGCCAAGUGAGAUAGGCGCGUACCGCUUCGUCGCUGAAGUCGGCCAUAUUUUAUCCGGGGGGUACUGCCAGUGUUUCAAGCAUCAGCACGAUGACACGAACGCUUUCUGCGCCGCACUGGGGCUUCCCAAGCGAGAUCCCGGCAGCCAUCUCUCCGUAGAUUCCGAAGUUAUAUACGGCUUCCACGCGGCCGAGGUCUGGGAGCGCUGGCAGCUGUUUAACUUUUACGCGCAUGUCUUCUCUCUGCCGAAAUUCGACCCGCGUCACCUGCAGGCGGCCGCACAGGGUACUGCUCGGAACAGUCUGGAGAUUUACCUCGAUAGCCUUGUGCCCGGGUUCCGGAUGAAGCUGUACUGCAAGUAUCGCACCGGCAUACUCUUUCCGAGGCUUGGUGGCAAGCUUAGACAUCGCGACACUAAUGAACCGAUUCAUGUGCCGGAUUACACCGUCGUGCACGACGUCACACAAUCGUUAGGGCUGACGAAUCCUUGGAGGCUUCGCUUCAUGACGGCAGAUCAAUAUGGACACGAGACGGAGAGGGAUGAUGAUAACAUAUAG